GGGGUUGGAGAGGAGGAGGAGGAGGAAGCCCCUUACUCGCUGUGCAAUAAUAGUCAUAAGAGAAAAAGAGCGCCCCGAUUUUCUUGCAGAGGGGAGGAAAAGGGAGCCUAUAGCGAAGGUGCCUUUUCUCGUUCGCCAGUAGGGGCGGCGGCGGCGGCGAAAGCAGCAGCAGCAGCCAAGCCCCGUGCCUGUUUUAAUCACAGCGCCCCGGCUCCCUCCUUCACCCGUCCAGCCUUACGAGGCUUGUGUGGUCAGCUGAGAGAGGGAGAAGCGAGCUUAAGAGUUUCAGAGAAGAGGGAUCGCCGUGGGUGCCUCCUUCCUUCCUCAUAAACACGCUUCCCCGCCGACCUCCCCAGAGUAUAUUGCACAUUACUGUUGCCUUCUCCAAGGGCUGGUCAAACCCGAUCUCGUCUAAUCCCCCCCCCGCCACAGCUCCUGCCACCCCUGCCCUGUUUUCCAAGUGUCCCUCUCGGCUAAGGGGGAGCUUUGUCUUGCUCACUCUGCCCCAGCAGCGCCCGUGCCUUCCUCCUGAAAAGCAAAGCAGCAUGAGCAUGGCAAACGAAACAUACCUCCUCAUAAAAGACAUAAGGGCCGGACUGAAAAAUUUAAAUGUCAUCUUUAUUGUGCUAGAGAUCGGUAAGUGGGGUCCCGUGGAACUGUCGUGCUUUUGUUUGUUUUUCACUCCCCGACUUCCUUGGCCCGCGUUCUAGUUGUGCAAAUGUGUGUGUGUGUGUGAGAGAGAGAGAGAGGAGUUGACACGUGUCCACUUUUCAGGGAAAAGAGUUGAGUCCGCUUUCUCUAAAUCUGUCCUUAAGUAGACCCACUUUUUGGGUCCAGAGUGGCUCCUUCCCUGGGCUUUGGCGAAAGUUGCAGGUCCUUUCGCGCCCAGGCAAAGUUGCAUUUUCAAAAGGAUGUUGUCCCCUUGUUCUAAGGACGUUUGCUCAAACCACCUUUCUUUUUCUCUCCCCUCCCCUACUCCCCCCCCUUUCCAUAUUCCCUUGCAGGCCGCGUCACUAAAACCAAAGAUGGACAUGAAGUGCGGUCGUGCAAAGUAGCCGACAAGUCAGGCAGCAUCCUCAUCUCAGUGUGGGAUGAACUUGGCAGCCUCAUUCAGCCGGGAGAUAUUAUCCGGUUGACCAAAGGGUAUGUAUGUGUUUCCGACAGUGGGGUUAGGCCGAGCGAGCGGCCUCUGCCCAGCCGCUCUUUUGUUUCGUUGCUGAAGCAACUGGCUGACUCAGUGUGUUCCUGUUAACGCUUUGGGCUUCCUCUCCCUUUCUUAGAAUCGCAAUUGGUGUGGCAGGAGGAGGGGAAGGGAAAACAACAUCUCAGUGGGGCCAGAUUAGAGGUGAAACCAGCGUGCUCAUUUCCCCUUGCUGUGUGUAUAUAGAGGAAGUUGCCUUUUGCCUUUUGCUGGGUCCUUUAUUAUUAUUUAUUGCAUUUAAAACCCCACCCAAUUCUCCCAAGGAGCUCCAGGUAUGGCAAGUACGGUUCUCCCCCUGCUCCAUUAAUCCCCACAACCACAACCCUGUGAGGUAGGUCUGGUUGAGAGGCCGUGACUGGUCACCCAUUGAGUCGUAGAAUGGUAGAGUUGGAGGGGACCCCGAGGGUCAUCUAGUCCAACCCCCUGCAAUAGUAAUAAAAUAAGUAAAUAAUAAUUCAUUAUUUAGACCCCCACCCAUCUGGCUGGGUUUCCCCAGCCACUCUGGGCGGCUCCCGACAGAAUAAAGCAUUAAAAACUUCCCUAAACAGGGCUGCCUUCAGAUGCAAUGCAGGAAUCUUAGCUGCGGCCGUCAUAGUGGGUUAAGCAAGCAAGCUCCUUGUUUUCUCCUGCCCCUGGAGGCUAGGACCCAAAUCAAUGGGUUCAAGUGCAAAGAAAGCAUAUUCCCUCCCAUUCCGCUUUCUAGCCACUUGAAUCCAUUUACUUGAGUCCUAGCCUCUGGGGCAGGAGAAAGCAAGGGGCUUCAUGGCUGAGUGGGGAUUUCAACCCUGGCCUCCUCUGACUGGCAGUGGAUCUCCUCUGACCGGCAGGGAAGGGCUCUGGAGCAUGUGCUUCCUUGACAUCUGAUGGGAGGGCGUUCCAUAGGGCGGGUGCCACUACCGAGAAGGCCCUCUACCUGCUUCCCUGUAACCUCACUUCUUGCAGCGAGGGAACUGCCAGAAGGCCCUCGGCGCUGGACCUCAGUGUCCGGGCAGAACGAUGGGGAUGGAGACGCUCCUUCAGUUUGACUUGACAGCUUACCUGUGCUCCUAGGGCGACCUGCACGCAGAGUGUGCGCAUGCUCUUCUUCUGACCUUAGACAUCUGUCGGGGCCUAGCUUUUAAAGCAAAGGGGACGUUUCCAGCCCCCCUUCCCAAACUCACUCGCCUCUCUACAGAUGCUAGAUUUAGAGGGAACCACGUGGGGAAGCAAGGCCCACUCCUCAGUUCUCCUUGCCCCUCCUUCCCUUCCUUUGAACAUGAUUGGGGCAGAUCCAGGAUUUAAACAGAUGGGUUUGCUGCUGUCACAUCCGGCUUGGCUCACAAGGAUGCAGCCUUGACCACACUGGUCGAUGAGUCAUCUCUUAAAAGCUGAUGGCUUCUUAUUUUCCUUAAAGGAAGCAAUGAGACGCCCUCUUUUCCUGUACGUUCUGUUUUGAGCUGGAGAGGCCAAGAGUCAUUUGGCUUAUUUUAGUGGGUUCAGUAAUAGCUGAAGCAGAACCCACACUUUGUGCCGUGCUAAAAAGUCCUGUGGAGAUGAGAGAAGACUUUAAGGCACAGUGUGAGCCAGGGGAAUUUUCUUCUCCCCCCCUGCAACCAGAUUACUUCUUUGGGUAGGGGCUGUUUUGGAGUUCCGCAGAAGAAAAACUGCGCUCCCAACUUGCAGCUGCUGCAUAAACACCUUCCUGUCCCCCAGGCCCCGGUUUUUCAUUAUUACAAAAAUUAACGCUGCAACAUUCCAACUCAUUCAUGCGGUUUUGCAGUUGGUAACAUUUAGUGUUUCCCCAGCCCACAGGGAUCUGCUUCCAAACACUUCACCCAUCUAAAUUGUCUGCGUGCCAUACCUGUAUGACAGGCACACAAUUCACCUCUGGUGUCAUGCAAGGCCUAGGUUGGCUUAUAUAUCCCUGGUCACAUGACGAGGCAGGAGCACAGAUUUCCCGAGAAGCAAACCAGUCAUACUUCAGGAUUAUUAUAUUUUAAAGGGUGCACACUUAAAGUGUGUUAAGUGGCUCAAUAUAUGGCUUGUUACACAGUUAAAAUCUCAGGGCCAGCUAUCCCCAGCCUCUUCCCUGUCUCCCUAGCAGAAUAGGAUCUGUGGAUCUGAGCAUGUUCCUUCUGGAUAAUCAAAGCCGUAGCUGAGCUUGCUUGCACAAGCCUUAACAAGUCACGAACGCCAGCAUGGCCUUGUAUGCUGCUUUGAAAUCUGAUCUGUUAGGGGACCGAGGGUUCAACGCAAUGUAAUUUUUUAAAAAAGCAACCAACUCUUUCUGCUUCCUCUUUCGAUGAGCUCUCACCGUGCGCAGCGGAGAGGUUGGCUUUCUUUAGCAUGAAGAGAAGCAGAACUAGCAAUUAGUAGGAAAAGCAUCUGCUAUAUUUUCAUGUGACAAACGCAGUCCAGAGGAACGCUGGUGGAUCGCUGGGAUUGCCAUGUCAAAUUGCUUUUUUAAACACAAUUAAAAACCAAAAGUGUAUUUACUUGCACUCACAGAGGGUUGAUCAAUUGCUUUUGUUUUAAUAUUUUAAAGGUUUCAGAUUGGUGGUGGCCUUUAAUGCUGUAUUUCUGAGAGAGAGAGAGAAAAUCCUGCCUGUAUUUUGUGUGCGAGAGCUUUCUAGGUUUCAGCAAAGGAGGUCACAUUUGCCUAUGUUCUAUGACCUACCUUGCAGGCAGGUUGUAAGGAUUCCUGAGAUAAUGUUUGCAAUCUGCUUUGAACAUGCAAAGGUAUUCUAAAGCGCUAGGUACUUUUAUUGUGAAUGAUGUUGAAACUGUAAGCACCAAGCGUUGUCUGUGAAAAUAAUACCCUCUUUGCAAAAGUCUAUAGUCUGAUCUUAAAGGGAAGCGUAAUCAUUUCUUAAAAGAGUGAAAUGGGAUGUGUUCAAGAGACAUAGAAUUCCCAUUGUGAGCUACAAUUUAGUCUGUGCAAAAGUAUUAUUAUUAUUAUUCUUAAUAAUAAUUGUAAUAAUAAUAAUAAUUUUCUCCCAGCCACUCUGGAUGGCUUACAGUACAUACAAAAACAUUGUUGUUGUUUGGUCAUGUCCGACUCUUCGUGACCCCAUGGACCAGAGCACGCCAGGCACUCCUGUCUUCCACAGCCUCCCGCAGCUUGGUCAAACUCAUGUUGGUAGCUUUGAGAACACUGUUCAACCAUCUCGUCCUCUAUCAUCCCCUUCUCCUUGUGCCCUCAAUCUUUCCCAACAUCAGGGUCUUUUCCAGGGCGUCUUCUCUUCAUAGUAAAACAUAAAACAUUAAAAACCUCCUUAGGGCCAUAACUUCUCCCUCCUCACAUGGUGAUGGCAGAUUCCCAUAGUCACCUGAAAGCCAAUCAAAGAAGCUAAAAUAACCCCUUUAACGGUUCCUUUUCCUUUGGAUUAAUGAGGUGUAUGAUAACAAUGGCAGAGAGCAAGCAAUGUCCCCAAGGCCACACAUCCUGCUAGGAUGGUGAGUGAAUAUUGUUUGUUGGAAUUAGACUGGGCUGACCUAUGAUCAACGAUAAAGUUCGUUGAGUGACCGUGGGUCAAAUUAUUCCCUGUCUAAAACCACACCUAGCUCACAGGCUUCUCCUGGAGACAAAAUGACAACCUCUCACCUAGAGCUCUUUGGGAGAAGGCUUAGAUACAAAUGUGACAAACACAAAAAAGUAACUCACAGUGGCCCACUUGGUACAUAAUGUUAAACCAUGGGUUGUUUUGCAAACUGUAAGAUCAUCAUGAGCUGUCCCACAAAGCAAACUUUGAUUAUCCAAAGUUUGGUUUCUUUCCAGUGUGUGUGUGUGUAGUGGUUAAGAGCGGAAGUCUCGUAAUCUGGUGAACUGGGUUCGAUUCCACGCUCCUCCACAUGCAGCUGCUGGGUGCCCUUGGGCUAGUCACACUUCUCUGAAGUCUCUCAGCCCCACUCACCUCACAGAAUGUUUGUUGUAGGGGAGGAAGGGAAAAGAGAAUGUUAGCCGCUUUGAGACUCCUUCGGGUAGUGAUAAAGCGGGAUAUUAAAUCCAAAAUCUUCUCUUCGUCUUCUUCCUUAUGCCUUUGAAAGUUGGUGAGCAUUUGUGAUGGGAUGGCAAAAGAGACCAUGGUUAAGGAAGAGGGCUGGGUUCAUGGCAUAACACCAAGCUGUAGUUAAAACAAACCAAGGUGUUUUUUUUAAUGUCAACAAGCAACCCAUGGCUUCAGACCAUGGUUUCUUGGCAAAAAACAAACCGCAGCUAAAUUGCUGGGCCGGGUUUGCUCACAACACUAAGCCAUAGUUCCAUAAACCAUGGCUCAGUGUUGCAUUCUAGCCAGGCUAGCAAGAACGUUAAUUAUUGGUUUCAGUGCAAAAUACAACAAUGGCUGCUUAUUUAAGGCCAUAUGGAGAGUUCCUGGUUGCCUAUAUUGCAUGCACAUGCCACUGGAUUUCACCCCUGGGCUCAUUUGUAAUCUCUUCAAGUUACAACUUGGCACAAAAUGCCGUGUUAAGGUCACUUUCCAUUUGCGUCAUCUUAGCAGAACUAAUACGUGACUGACGGGUGGAGCUAAUAUAGAGUGGCUGGCUUACUUGUUUGGACACCGAUAAAACGUAUACCGCUUGUGCCAGCAGUCUGUGUGACAGCCUUAGAAACACUAGUGGCAGAGAGGCAGACAGUAUUUUGGAUGCCUACUAGUGGUUUAUUGCCAAACUUCAGGAACAGGUCCAUUUACUAGCUUUAUAAAUAAAAAUUGCAUUUGUUAAUGAUCUUUUAAGAGCCAAACUGUAACUGAGCAGGUCUCCCAACCUGUGGGGGAAGGUAGUUAUAAGUGCAAUGUGAAAAUCCAAACGUCAUUUCCCCUCGCAUCAUUUAGUUCAGGGUUUCCCAAAUUUGGGUCUCCAGCUGUUUUGGGACUACAAUUCCCAUCAUCCCUGACCAAUGGUCCUGGUAGCAAGGGAUGAUGGGAGUUGUAGUCCCCAAAACAGCUGGAGACCCAAGAAUGGCAGAAUUCCCUAUCUCCCACAAGUAAAUCCUUUAUACAUAGUGAAUAUUUGCCUGCAUGAAUGAAAGUUUGUUUUGAUUCAUGUGCAUGACCUUCAAACUUUGGUUUUUAACCAGCAACCAACUGUUUUUCUCUUUCUUCCUUUUUGCCAAAUGCAAAACAGAGGGACAACUAAACAGGGUUUCCAAACUUGGGUCUCCAGCUGUUUUGGGGCUACAAUUCCCAUCAUCCCUGACCAAUGGUCCUGCUAGCAAGGGAUGGUGGGAGUUGUAGUCCCAAAACCGCUGGAGGUCAUGCACAUGAGUUGAAGUUUGAAGGUCAUGCACAUGAAUCAAAACAAACUUUCAUUCUUGCAGGCAAAUAUUCACUACGUAUAAAGGAUUUACUUGUGGGAGAUAGGGAAUUCUGCCAAAGGAUGUCUUUUGUUGCGCUUGCAAUAAAUGGAAGCUUUCUUGUUUCUCUACCCCAGUAGUGUCUCAAGUCCCCAUUUGACAAUGUUUGAUUUGUGCUCUUUUCGUGUUUAUACAUCUAUGCACAUGUACAAGAGAGGGACAAAUCAUGCAUACACUCAGAGAAUGUAGUAAUGAAAGUGAAUGAUCUUGCAAGUCACACAGGGCGCUUCAGCAGAACGCUUGGUGUGUUGUUGCAAAUGGCUUUUAAUAAAUGCUCCCGACUCGGUUAAAAGUUGGUCAUGCUGACAUACCAUUGAGAUCAGUGGGACCAAUUACUUGUGGCCAAUUGAAAUCCCACCGAUUGUCGUGGCACUUAAAUGUGCCUAACUUCAUCUGAACUAGAGCUUUAACCCUCCAGCCCUCACAACUGUGCAAAACCUUUGGCUAUACAGUAGCAAAAAAAAAUAAAAAUCCUGAUGUGCAGAGCUAUGGGUAGAUCAGAGCUGCAAUAAAACACCUGCUAAAAAUUAAGCUGCUGGUGUCUUGUGUCAGCUCUGCUGUUAGGAUUAAGUGGCUGAACAAUUUUCAGCAUGUUUUGAAGGAGAUAGACCCUCCAGAUGUUCCCGCAAUGCUGCUUUAAAGUGAAGGAAACUACUUUUUUUUAAUGGCAUUCCAGGAGAAAGCAUGGAUGCUGCAAGUAUUGUCAUACUAGCAGUAGCUGUACUAAAAGGGAUUAGACAAUGGAACCAGUUGCGCAUGUUCUUUUUUCUUUUCAUUUAAGUUUAUUUUACAACACAUACACUCACAAAAAUGCACAAUCGAAAACAAAGAACAAAAAACAAUGAAAGACAAAUAAAACAUAACAUACACAAGUUUACACAGAUCAAACAAUCAACUGCGCGCGCACACACACACACACACACACACACACACACACAGUGGUACAUCAGGUUAAGUACUUAAUUCGUUCCGGAGGUCUGUACUUAACCUGAAACUGUUCUUAACCUGAAGCACCUCUGUUCUCAUCCUGAAGCAAAGUUCUUAACCUGAAGCACUAUCUCUGGGUUAGCGGAGUCUGUAACCUGAAGCGUAUGUAACCUGAGGUACCACUGUAAUUUCAAUUCUUCUUUUUUUCCAGUUGACUUCCUUCAUCCUCAACACGGUUCUCUUUUCGUUUUUGAUAAGCUGUCUCCUUCUUAGUUCAUUAUUACUCCUUUUUCUUUCUAUUUUUAGCUUUUAUACCAUGAUUUAUUUUGCAGAAGUUAAAUCGAAACAAGUCCAAGUAUUAAUUUGAGGGCACUGCUUUUUCAGGUAUUCUCUAUAUUUUCCCCAUUCUUUUUGAAUUUUUUGCUUGGGCUGACCCCUAAUGGCUUCUGUCAAUCUAGCCUAUUCAAUACCGUCAAAUAAUUUAUCUUGCCACUCUUUUUUUGUCGCCAGUUGCACAUGUUCUUUUGUACUGCCUCCGUCUGGUAUCAGACAAUUCGAUCUAGGUUGGUUGGUUGUAGGGAGUGGAAUUCAGACAAAUGCAAGGUGGCUUUCCUAAUGUUAGGAAUAAGGGUUUGUGGAUGCUGUACAACACUAACUUAAACAUUAGUUGCAGUGUUGCUGUUUUGUAAUGAUUGGGUUGCUGUUUGUUUGUGUUGAACCCUACUGGAAUCAUGUACAUAGGCCAAUAAAGGUUUGAGCAUCUGACUAAGAAAUAACCUGUGAGUACAAAAACUUCAAGAAAGAAUGGGGAAAAAAUUAUAAUUUAUUUAGGAGGUAAGCAGAUGAAAACAUUAGCAGGAUUUUAAUCCCACUUGUAAUGUAACAAAUACUAAGGACAAUAUGGAGAGAGAUAAAAUAUAGACUAUGAAAUAAUAUGCAGUUGAAAACGUUGACUGUAGGACCCAUGGAGGGGAUGGGAAGACUUGAAAUUCAGAGAAAUCUCUCUACAGUCAUAUCUCUUGGUGUGUUUGCUUCACGUUGCGGCUUUUCGGGUUGUGAACGCGGCAAACCCAGAAGUGUAUACUUCCAGGUUUCGCCACACGCCCAGAAGCGUCCUGUGCGCUUUGUGCAUGCGCAGAAGCGCCGCUCUAGUUGCGGACUUUUUGGGGUGCGAACGGCACCCCGGAACAGAUCGUGUCUGCAACUAGAGGUACCACUGUAUAUGGAUAUGUAUUUGGUUUUGUUAAUAAAUUUAUAUCUGUAAAACAAAAACAAUUUCAAAAAAGAAAGGAAGAAAUGACCUGCCAGAAGCUGCCUUGCUGGCGAAAUCUGAAAGCUGCACAUUUAAGGUUAGCGCUAAAGUCCUAUUGAUUUUGGUGGUGUGUGUGGUCCACUCCCCCAUUGGAUUUUCUGAGAGGAAGAUGUGCUUAACCCAACCCCCUCCCCCCCAUCAAAACCCAAACCCUGGUCAAGCCUGAUCACAUUAAUUACAUUCCCCCUCCCGGUGCCUUCUAACGCGUCUGGUGUUUCUCUUGGCUAGGUACGCGUCUCUGUGGAAAGGAUGUCUCACGCUUUACACCGGAAGGGGAGGCGAGCUUCAGAAAAUUGGGGAGUGAGUAUCUCGCUUUGCACAUGCGCUCGGUUGCUCUCGAAGCCUUGCGCUUCGCAGGCUGGAGCGGUAGGUAUCAAAUGCCGCCUUGCAAGCGUCUGCCCAACCUGCCGUUGCUUUCUGGGGUUUAGCAAAGUACUCUCUGCCCAAAGAGCCUUGUUCCCGAUCAGUUUGGCUUUCCUCGAUGUCAAUAUUAUUUUUUCCGACAAGCGUGCGGGGAACCCUGCUUAUGUAACAGACGGCUUGCUCAGCCAUGCAUCCAUCUGGCCUGAAUGCCUUGACUUAAGUACACCUGUGAACAGGUAAGUGUUCAGCCGCCUAAGCUGUCUCCUUUGUUGUGGGUUAACGCAUUGUCGUUUUCUAGGACUUGCAGCGCCGAAAACUGAAGUCCUCUAUUUAAUCCACAGGCUAGGUACGGUAGAGGCUUCUACAGUCUGGCUCUGGUAAUGAGCUCCAGCCUUUUCCUGCGGGAGCCAGCCUCUCUAGGGGUGUAAAGGUAAAUUUCCCCCUUCUGUCGAGCUAGAGCCUCUGGGGUGAUGGCGGUCUAAGAUGUCACGGGCAAAUGCUGCUGCUUUGCUUUCUCGAGCAUAUGCCUCCGUCGUGACCAGGCAGUCUGUCGAGACCCGUAAUGGAAAGUUUGGAAGCGGAGAGCUGAGCAUUGUUGGCAAGCUGGAAUGUGUCACUUUGGGGACUGGUUUACCUGGGCGCCUGUGCUUGUGUGGAUGGGCAAUCGCGGAAUAACGCUUCAUUGCAUCAGAUAGUCACAACUUCCUGUAUCCCGCACCCCCCCCCCCCAGGCGCCUGCAAUGUUCAUUCGGGGUGAACCAGGCCAAAAUGCGGAGGAAUGUUGUGAAAACCUUACAGCUGUAGGAGGAGGACGUAGGAACCUGCCUUAUGCUGGGGAGCCAGGCCAUUGGUCCAUUUAGCUCACUAUUAUCCACUCUGAUUGGCUGGCUUCCCAGGGUUUCAAGGCAGGGGUCUAUGGCAGCUCUCCCUAGAAACACCAGGGAUUAAACCUUUGGCAUUCUACAUGCCCAGCAGAUGUUCUGUUGCUGAGCUGUGGCUCUUAGCCACAGAAAGUUAGACAUCGUCUGUUUAAGGCUAUGCAUGGCAGCGUUUGUGGUCUGAUCUGCCGAAAGUGAUAUCUGAUUAUUCAUAAUUGAGGCCAUUUUCAUAAUGUAGAGGCAUAGGCAAACUCGGCCCUCCAGAUGUUUUGAGACUACAACUCCCAUCACCCCUAGCUAACAGGACCAGUGGCCAGGGAUGAUGGGAGUUGUAGUCCCAAAACAUCUGGAGGGCCGAGUUUGCCUAUGCCUGGUGUAUUAGCUUCUGCUAUAUUGGGAGUGUUUCCCAAAAUUGGAAUGUCAGGGGGGAUAGUCUAGGGUUAGUACUAACUCAGGAAAUAAAUCUUAUUUCCCAUCACUGCAUAAAAUUAUUGCCCCAUCGCCUCUUAAUUUGAAUGACGUUGGAAUGUUUUAAUCUCAAAAUAAAUUACUGCAAGAUUUUUUUUUAAAAAAAAUGCUUUUCGUCAUCCUGAGUGAUAUCAUUUUGAGAGGAUUAGUGUAAGAUUCUGGAAUGUAGCUGACUUAAGUGUAGCUAGAUCAGUCUUCAACCUGGCGCCACCUUAACUGGACUUCAAUUCCCAUCAUCCCCAGUCCAAAUGGCUCUGCUGGUGGGAGCUGUGCUCCGACAUAGGUGGAUUGCACCCGGUAGUUAAUGUGGAGUGUUGCUUGUGCAGCUGGAAUUAUUUUAAAAACAGAAUAAGGUGCAUCGAACAAACAAUAACCGGGAGUCACGGUUGGUUCUGUUUUGACGCCUGUGGUUCCUUUAGCUUAAAAUGCAAAGCAGGCCACCAAGAUGUUUCUGAUGGUGACAAAUGCCACUCGACAAACCUGGAGCUAAAUUUUCUCCAGAUUGAGAAAUGCUUGAGAAUUGCCUGGCUGGUUCCAUGUUGGGCCCUACUUUAUAGCACGGCGCACUGCAAUGCGGAACAACUCUUGCUUUGCAGCGUUCGACUUCGUUGGAACUUAACAGUACAGGAUUGCAGCCUUCGUUAUGGAUUUGCCGUUCUUAGGCCUUCCUGGUUUUUUGUAAACUUCUGCAAUCGGUUCUUGCCACUGACAUCUUUUGCAUGGUCUGAUUCUAGACGUGCUUCGUUCGAUGAAAGCUCCUCUUUAAUUCAGCAAGACUUGGUCAUAAGUGUUUGCAGCUGUGUAUCUUUUAUGGCGAGGAAUCGAAUAUUUGCUGUGUAUCCUUUAUGAAGACGAAUAGACUGUUAAGCGUGACCCACCUGCUGACUUGCGGUCUUGCAAAAGGAAGCAGCGGGGACAACCUUUACGCGUGCUUGGAGCUUCAACCUAUUUGGGUGCAAGUUCCGUCGGAAUCGAUAGGAUGGACUUCCAAGUGGAGCAUGUGUAGAGCUGUUCAUAUCUCCUGGUCUAGUUUCUGGGAUGGGAGUGAGGUCAAGCAUCUGGUGCUAAUGCCCUUACUGAGGGGUGGCGGCUCUGGAAUUUAAAACAAGGCAUGCACUGGUCCCUGGAAAUGAAGUGGGAUGAGGACAGCUGAGGAAAGAAAUCUCUACACUCCCUCUCACGAGCUUGUUUUUCUUUGCAGGUUCUGCAUGGUGUACUCGGAAGUGCCCAACUUCAGUGAGCCCAGCUCGGAUCACCCUGGGCAGCCCAGCAAAGUGGUAUGUGCAGUCUUGUGUAGCAUCGUAACAUGUCCACAACUGAGGCGCAGACAAACCCUUAACAGCGUGGCCCUUACAGUGGUACCUCGGGUUACAUACGCUUCAGGUUACAGACUCCGCUAACCCAGAAAUAGUACCUCGGGUUAAGAACUUUGCUUCAGGAUGGGAACAGAAAUCGCAUGGCAGGGAUGCGAGGCCCCAUUAGCUAAAGUGGCACCUUAGGUUAAGAACAGUUUCAGGUUAAGAACGGACCUCUGGAACAAAUUAAGUUCUUAACCCGAGGUACCACUGUACAGGAGUGGGUUUCUCCUGUGGGAGGAGAGGAGCAUCUUAAAAGGACAAGAGGAACAAGAAUUAGCUUAUGUUUGGGGCGUCUCGUGGAUACAGUGGUACCUUUGGUGAAGAACUUAAUUCGUUCCGGAGGUCCGUUCUUAACCUGUUCUUAACCUGAGGUACCACUUUAGCUAAUGGAGCCUUGCAUCCCCGCUGCAUGAUUUCUGUUCUCAUCCUGAGGUAAAGUUCUUAACCCGAGGUACUACUUCUGGGUUAGCGGAGUCUGUAACCUGAAGUGUCUGUGACCCGAGGUACCACUGUACUGUUUAUCCAAGCCCCCACAGUUCUUUCUGUACCAUGGUUGUCUUAAUCUCUCUCUCUCUCUCUUUCUUUCUCUCUCUCUCUCUCCAUUCCUUUUAAAGGCCCAGGUUGAGCAGAGUAACAAUUCCCUCCCAUCAACUAAUCUGAGUUCUUGUACUUUUGGCCCUACUGGUAAGUGAGUGAGUGUGCGUUGUAAAAUAAUAAUAAUAAUAAAGUUUCUGUCUUGGAAACAAAGGUUCAGGAACACCUGCGGCGGCAGGUUUAAACUAUGGUUUACGGGAACAAAGAUCGGAAGCCUAUCGUUCAAUCUCUGCAGCUUUCCACAAACCACAGUUGAAACCAGUUUUAAGCUGGUUCGGGCUUAAACCAGAAAUCGGAUGCUUCCUGUCUCUUCUGGCUGGGCCAGAAGAGGGAAGUGUGUUUGUUCCUCACGCUCAAGCGUGCUUAUUCUUGUAAUGUUAAAACACUGGUUUAGCGUUGACAUCCAAACUGGGCCUACGGAUUCAGAAGGAAAGUAGUUGAGUCGUGGGUUAACGCCCCCACCCCUCUGACUCCUCACUCUGGCACAGUUGGGCCUGUAACAACCUUCCUGCUCAGGUUGUGGCUUAAAGGGCACCUGGUGAUUGGGAAGGGUGAGUCGUCAGGCAGUACUGGGGCAAGAAGGUUUGGUUCCCCCAAUUACCCAUUGUGUUUGUCUUGCUUCUUGGGAGAUGGUACUCCCAUACAGGAAGGAGGAAACAGCAGGUAGGGUGUGGAGAAGCUGAUACCUGGGGGUUGUGGGAAUGUUGUGGAUAGUAGGAGAGGCUAUAUUGAUUAAAUAUCAUUCUUCCUCACUCACGCUAGUGAGUCAAGUAGCAGAACACAUUCCCCUUCCAACAGGAAGCUAGUUUGCAGAUUCAUUUGAGUUUCUUUAGUUAAGCAAUCCAGUCUGGCUUGCCCAGAUUGGAUUAUUCCCGGUCAGUCCCCUUUUGAUCCCUCUCAAGCUGAAAGGACGCUGCGUUGCCACCUUCUACUGAAGUCAAGCUCCCAUUUCCUUUGAGCGCUGUGCAGGUUUCAGCAAAACAACAACAACAAACCUAUGGUUACGUGGAACAUACUCAAUAAACACACAAGAUGUAACCGGCUGUACUUUUGAAUAAAUAAGGUAUACUGUUCAUUGUAUCAAAUUGUAGAUUUCAACUGAAGUCUCAUAAAGUUCAACGGAAAAAGCAGAAGACCCAGUGGAUCAGUUCAUUCUCUAAUCAGUUCAUGCAUAAGGUCCAUGUAUGUAUAAGUGUCUAUUCCACCUUUCUGUUCAUACAGUAAGUGUUACUGCAACCACUACUAUGCUAUAAGAUCCACUAUCCUGUAAUAUUACAUAUUCCUGUUCUACUGAUGGCGAAACCUAGGAUGGCAAAACAAGGCUAAUAUUCCGGAAAUCCUUGCCUUAGACUCUGUGAAAGGAUUCUGUGGAUCUGUAACAACCCUUCUUGUGGAUUAUUGGACUCUAUGAACAGACAGGUGGAAUAGACACUUAUACAUACAUGGACCUUAUGCAUGAACUGACUAGAGAAUGAACUGAUCCACUGGGUCUUCUGCUUUUUUCGUUGAACUUUAUGAGACUUCCGUUGAAAUCUACAAUUUGAUACAAUGAAUAGUAUACCUUAUUUAUUCAAAAGUACAGCCGGUUACGUCUUGUGUGUUUAUUGUGCAGGUUUCAGCAGCAUCCCGGUGCAUUUUGCUAUAUCUGGGGUUUAUACAGCGCUGGGAAAAGUUGUUCCUGCUGCUGCUAAGACACCGAAACACAUGUCUUCCAUUGUUUUCUCCUUGCCAUUGGUUACUGUUGGCAUGUGGAUGGCAAAGCAAGCUGCUGUUAGGGACUUUGUGGUCUCUGCAGACACCUUCCCAGCUCACCUCAACCUCUAACGCUUAGCGAAUUGUGAGAGAGGACCGCUUCAUAGACAUGCAAAGCGGUCUCCGGGACCAAGAAGCUGCAGCUUAGACUGUCUGACGUGCGAAUGUCUUGUGUCUCUGUGUUGUCUUUUAUUCUUCUUGUUUGCUUUUGUAGGAAAUGGUUUGCCGGCAGGACCUGAGCUGAGCGGAAUAUCAUCUGCUUAUAAUCAUGUCUCCUCCUCCUCCUCCUCCUCCUAUGCAGGUACUGGGAGGGUCAGCGGGCGGGGCCCCGCCCCUCCUUCAGUGCCGUCCAAUCACACGCGCCCCCCACAAAGCACAAUGAGUAACGGGAGGGAUCCCCGCAGAGCCUCAAAAAGAUGACCCGGUCAAAAGACUCACUUGUCCGCCUAAACUCUGUAUACGCCCUACUUGAACACUUAAUUGCACUUUUAUUUAUGGUUAACUGUGGGGGGGGCGAAGUUUGGUCUACUAGUUCUCUACCUUCUGUUGUCCAGAGAAGAGGAUUUCCUCCCUGCCAUACGCCUUUCUCUCUCUUCGCCAUGUUCCCCCCAGGCUGAAAAACCCAGUGAAGCUGCUGAGAACCGCAUGAGUCCGGGGGGGGGGGGGAUGUGUUAAAAUAAGGGUCGUAGAUGGAAAUUGGGAUUCCUUGUUGUGCAUCAGAUGUUCAUUUCCAAAACAAACCUUGAGUGUGGUUGAAUGCUUGUUUUUCUUUUCUUCUCCUUUUCCUUUUUUUGGUUAAGUUUGAACUGCCUAGCCUUAAGGUGUGUUAAUAUCGUCUUUCUGCUGUCCUGAGCAACUCCCAUCGCGGCUAAUGGAGGCUGGCGGAUGGAACAAGGGGCAACUGCUCUGUUUAACCUGUGUGAAUUAAAAUUGCCCCAUGAGAAGUGGAGACGGUCUGCCCAAUGGCAUCAUAAAAAAGGGGGCUGGUGUUUUCCCUCCGGUGGGGUGGAGUAAGUGGUGGCGGCUGCGUUCGACUAGAGAAGGCCAACCUUCUCGUGCCAAACUCUUGCCUGCUGCUUCUCCAGGAUCUAUUUUAAAAUCCCAGAUUCCCUCCAGGAAUGCAAAGCCCACCUCUUUAGUUCAGUAGGCGCUGCUGCAUGAGAAACAAAUUGAAAUUCUUAAUGUGCCUCUUGGAUGGCUUGCAAUUGACCUUCAUGGAAGCUGUGGCGGCAUCUGAAGAUCCAGUAGGAUACGGCUUUCAUAAAGCACAGCUUCUCAGAGGCCAGAGAGAUUCUUUGCCACUCGGUUCUGCAAACUGCAUAAAUCAGCCAUUUUUUGUCAGCCCUGCCAAUGUGGUCCCCCCCUCCCCAGUGACGGAUGGUGAUUUCAAGUUUAUUCUGCUGGGAAAAAGAGGAAGGGAAUCCCCAUACACAGAGAAACCGUAUGCCAGGCAUUAAUCUGGCUCGAGCUGUUCUUCUUGACACACUGGUUUUCUUUUUGGAGCCCUCCAUCCCACAAGUGUGUGUAUUUAGUGGGGGGCAGGCAUUCAACCUCCCCCUUGCAACCCAGGGAGUGUUUUACCUCUGUUUCCUGCUGAUGGUUUCAGCCGGUGCAAAGUGUGCUUGGAGCGAAGAGCUAAAACGAAACCUGUGUAUACGAUUCGUGCCGAUGCCUGCUUUCCUUGCGAUAGCCGCCCUCAAAAUUCUCAAGGGCCAAUUUGCACACAUAACGCUUUCUGCUUCUAGAGCUAAUACCUCAGUUUCUAGACAGGGGAGCCUUGUGCUGCUUAGUGCGAAUUGUUUUCAAGCUGCUGAGUUCGGAAAGGGGGAAAAUAACUCCCGGGGUCAUGCAAAAUAUGUGCGGUUUUUCCUUUUUAUAUUGUAAGCAUUCUCAGUGUGUCUUUGUACUGGGUAACUCUAGAAUUAUUUUCAAUCAUUUUUGUUUGUUUGGGGGAGGGGGAGAGAGAAAUCUUAUUUGGAAUUCAUGCAAAUGCUGUAAAAUGACUGUUUUUCCUUCUCUUUUUGUUUGUUAUAUUCUUGAAGCGGACCUCAUAAAUAAAAGUUGCACUAACCAUGUAAAGCAAAAAGCAAAACACCCCACCACUUUCCCCCUUGUCAAGAUCAUUUUCUGCUCUGAAAUGUGUGUGUUUGAUUUCAUCUGUAACGAUGCUUAUCUGGAAGCAGGUCUCACCAGCUAUAUUUCCAAGAAUAUAUAGGAGUGUGGGGUGUGUUCCUUGCCUGGCGUCACUCUUAAUCUGCCAACUUUUGAUGAGCGUUUUUGCCAUCUUCAUCUUUCUUGUUUACAAAGGCUUCCUUUGCUUAUAGAACAGCAGUAAUAGCAUUAAUGAUAUAAAUAAAAAUACAGCAAUGAGCAUGGGUUUUAGUUCUGCCUGCAUUGUGAUCCUGCAAAAUUCUGAUCUGUGCUUCAGUAACUGGGCACUGUUGGAAAGCUUGCCAUUCCAAAACAAGUUCUUCAGUAGCAGCGGCUCAGGGGGAAGCUGUGUCGGCUCACUUCUUAAAGGGCAUUGAGGUAGUCAAUGUGGUGUUCUCCAAACACUGUGUGCUUCAACUUCCACCCUCCCUCAUCGUUGGCCAUGCUGGCUGGAGCCGAUGGGAUUUGGGAGUCGCGGCAGCAGCAGGCUGUCUCCCUCAGAUAGAGGCGAUCUGGGGGUACCUGGUAAAUAGCCUCCCGGUUGUGUGGAACUUGAAGCGUUCAUUGGUUUACAACCACCAGUUCCCAGGCAAUCGUAAACAGGUAAAGUAUAAAAUAUCAAAACAAUAUGAGACUGGCACAACGGAAGCUUGUCUCUUAGAGUGACCUUGCCAGCUAACCCACACUGUUUAAUUACAUGUGGAUGAGCUAUGCUCUGAGCCCAAAUGCCAGCUGCUCACAAAACGGAUACAUUAGAAGCAUCGUACACGGUUGAAAUCGCUGAUUUGCGAGGAAGAGAAGCCAACUUCCUUGACUUCAGCGGCAUGUUCUGUUUGGUUUGUCCCGAGCGUUGUAAGGACCAGCUCAAUGAAACCUUGAUGUUUAAAGAGAGGUUCUGGUAGAAGAAAGGGCAGAGCUUUUUCUGGGAAGACACCAUUUCGCAGAUGAACCCAAGAACAUAUUUAUGGUUAGUAAUAUAUCCAUAUAUCCAGAUGUAUUUCCAGAUUUUAAAUGUUUUGCUGUCCUUGAUUAAUCACUUUGUUCUUUUAAAUUUUCUUAAGGGGAAACCGCAUCAAGCCAAGAGAACUUGGGCUGAGGCGACACAGGAGGAGCCAGCCUUACUUCUGGAUAUUUCUUCAGUCCCCCACUCCCUGUUAUGUAGUUGCUAAGAAUACAUAUGGCUCUCGCUCAUAAUACAGCCUCAGCGCCCCACAUGGGAAGAAAAAAACCUGUCUAACCCUUGACAGUUGCUUGGUUCAUGACAGAGGAAGGUUGAACAAUUCUGCUAGGACAGCUUUCAGUGACAAUGAGCAUUGUUUAAUGUUGUCUACCAUUGUUCACUUUUGCUCCCUAAAGCAGUCUUCCUCAGCCUGCUGUCCCUCAGCUCUUGUCGGGGCUCCUGUUUAUCACUAACCAUUGCCCAGGCUUUCUGACCUUGAUGGGAGUUGUAGUGUAGAAGGCACUAAGUUUGGGAAAAGGCUGCCCUAAAAGUAACACCAUUUAAAAAUAUGAUGGUUAGAUGUCAACAGAGCUCAACUUUCUGUAUUUCAGAGGGUUGUUAACAUCCUCAUCCAUGAUCAUUGUGAAAUGAAUACCCAGCCCAGUGUUUUUUUUCCCUGGGGGUACAGUGGUUCCUUGGUUCUCAAACUUAAUCCGAUCCGGAAGUCUGUUCCAAAACCGAAGCGUUCCAAAACCAAGGUGUGCUUUCCCACAGAAAGCAAUACAGAAUGGAUUAAUCUGUUCCAGACAUUUAAAAACAACCCCUAGAACAGUAAUUUAACAUGGAUUUUACUAUUUAAUGAGACCAUUGAUCUAUAAAAUGAAAGCAAGAAACAAUGUACUGCAGCCACACAAUCAAUCAAUCAGUAGCUGAACUGAGUUCCACACAGUCAC